AUGGAGAAGACCCGGCACGACGUCGAUGGACAUGCGCCCGCGGAAGCGCCGAGGGACAUGCAUGUGUUCAAGCUCCGCUGCAACGCAUGCUGGGAGGUCCUCUGCGGAGCGAAUGGACCCCAAGCAUGCUACCGGACGUGCUGCAGCCACAUCUUCUGCGAGCGAGACGCGAUGAAGCACUUCCGCGAUGGCAACCUCAUCUGCCCUGCUUGUGGCGAAGACCUCAGCCAGAGAGCGCAACGGGACCGCGGGUACGACCCCACGAAUGCAUAUCUCAUGGUAGCAACGACGUAUGGUGCUAUCAUCUGGGAAGAGAUGCUCGCCGAUCCCGUGUCCUGCAUGGCGCAAAUCCAAGAAGCGAUGCGCUUCCUCAUGUUCCAGCAAGCCCAAGAAAACUACCGCGAAGCUCUAACGAUGGGCAAGGAACGCAUGCACAACGAAUUGAGUCUGCAAGUCUUCGACGAGCACAAGGAGUACCAGCAACAACACGGGCAGCGCUACUUGCAGAUGAAGAGCUACACGGAGAAGCUCGAGGAAGAAAUUAACGAGCUCAAGAACAAAAUGGUCGUGCUCAACAACACCGUCGAAGAGACCCGCGAGUCGUUCAAGGACAAGGCGCGCUUGUGCCGCAACUACGAGAAAAUGAUCAAGGGUAUGAAGGCGCAGCAAGAAGGCAACGGACAGCGCGUCAUGACGGCACAACCCUCGGGCCGAAUGCCGCUGAACGUCGCACCGUCGCCCAAGUUUGCCAAAAGCAUCUCGUCAAUGCAGUCGUCAUCGCUUCGCCAGCACACUUUGGCAAACGGCGAUGACGACUACGAUGUGGGUAUUGGCCCCACGCUUACUGAGGUCCCCGUGACGUUUGACAAAUCAGCCGUCGAGUCGAUCAUCUUUGACUCGGGCAUUGUACUUCAGUUUGCACAGCACGGCGUGGAGCUCGAGGAUACCCUUUUCUUGCAGCCUGAUUUAUGUACGCUCGACGAUUGGCACCGCGAAGUCGACGAGCGUGUCCAGCCCAACGCCCUCGAGCAGCUUUCGGACCGAGAGAUUGACGAUCAAAUCACGUCGCUCCUCACCAACAUGGACCCAAAAGAGCACUACUUGAACGCUGCCGAAUACUACUUGGAUCAUCCCAAGGAAUAUGCGGAAUUUUUCAAGACGCCGCUGGUCGUCCAGUCGUGUCACUACCUCGGCAUUGACAGCAGCGCGAUUCCACACCGGUCGCUCCAAUCCUUCAAGCGUCAGCCCGACAGCGCUGAGGCCGUGCCCGACUUGGUGCUCAAGGCUCGCUACGACGCGUACCGUCACGAGUGUCAACUGUGCAUCGCCAUCAUCUUGCAAACGCAGCAGCUCAUUGCCGCCAAGCUCCAGCACGGUCACGUGGGUCCUUUACCACCAGUAGCACAGGCAAGGCGCAAGAAGCCCCGGACGCGACCUGUGGAUGAGGUGCAGCCACCACGCGUGUACGACGACGCCAAAAACCGGGAAGAGCUCCAGCGCAUGGACAUCAUGAAGCACGCCAAGCUCCUCGAGAACGCCGAGCGAUGGAAAGAGACGCAAGCCAGUAUCCACAAGGCGUCGGACCGCCGCGUCGCUGCACGCGAGGCGGCCGAGCUCGCGUUCAAGCAAAAAGAGUUUGAAAAAGACGUCAAACUCAAGAGCUACGAUGCCGUCGCCGAGCAAAAGACCCGACGGAAAUUGAUCCUUGACAAUUUUCGCAACCAUACGCCAGUGCAGUUGAAACCCCACAUGAAGGAAGAAGCUCGGCUCGUCAAGGAACUGCACAACCUGGAUUUGGACGAGCACUUGCGUCGGGCGGCGCGUAUCAAGCAAGCACACGAGUACCGCAAGCAGCACGUGCUCGACAAAUCCAACCGAAAGCUCGAGCGUCUACCGCCACGCCUCGGCCCGAGCAGCGCCUCGAGCGGGCCACCUCCUUCGCGCUAA